UCCGAGCACGCACGCCGGACGGAGCAGCCGUCGUCGCCGCCGACACGCCGCAGACCGGUCUCGGAGUACGGGACAAGCUCCCGGCGGCCGGCCGGCCUCCGCGAAAACGACGCCGGGUCCCUCGUCGUCGCUGCUGGUGAACCAUUGGCGAGAGACAGCCGUCCCAGAAGCUCGAGCCAGGACAACCAAGAGGAGUUUUCGUCUCGCUCGGUGAAACCGCUCUGUGAUGCACCGCUGCUGAACAGCGAAGUUGCCCCUCGUCGCCGGCGGCACCAGCGGCAGCAACCUCCGUGAAGACAUGCCCGCGGCGCUACCGCGGUGUUCCGUACCAUCUGUGCGCGUUACCAGGCGGCACCCCGAGACGAGCCAUCCAGCUGGUUCGCAACCAGACUCGCUCCCUCCUCUUGUCAUCUAGGCCUCACGAGGGAAAAAAAAGGAUUCCAAGUGGGGAACGACGGGCAAUGUGCGUUGCGGGAGACGCUGCUACCUUACGGCACCGCUACAUCGGCGUUCCCGAAGCGCGUGGUUUCGUGGUCGCACCGGCUGGUGCUCGUCGCCGUAGUCGCCCGUCCGGAGGAAUAGCAACCGGUGUGCCGCCGUUGCCGACUGGUGUGAGAAAAGCAACUGCGCUCGAGCCGAUCGCGCCUCGGUUUCCGCUUCGCUUCGACGUCGAGCCGACAUCUUCGCACCGUCGACAACGAGUGACCGUUGUGUGUGUGUGAGACCUUCGGUGACGUGGAGCCUUCUCCCGCUUUGGUGACGUGUGUGCCGAUAUUAGUGACGGGCUAGUGAACGCCAGUAUGUGUAUAUAGGGGAAAACGAAAACUUCGAGAAAGUUAGGCGAUUGUUCACAUUUCAUACCGUUCUAAGGUGCUCUCUCCCGUACUUUUUCUGAAAAGAGUGCGAAGGAACUACUGCCGGGUCUUUGCUCCAGAGAGUUGUCCAGCUUAGCUCGGAUAACGGCGGAGCUAGUGCCAGUACAGCUCGCGUCGUGGCGAGUGAGCGGUGCCAGAAUUCCGCUGGUUGCAACCCUUCAGUUUGCGCAAAGAAACCAGGAGCGGCAACUCGCGCCUUGCGGAAACUUCGAGAGCUACCGCUGCAGUAUAACAUGCGUCACGGGCUACGGUAAGUCGACGAGCUAGCGGAAAAGCCGAAGCGACCGAUUGCCGACUACACCCCCGCUCGAGCGGCGUCAUCAACAACGGAAUUCAAAGCACGUAUUCGCGUCGACCGUACAGCAAGCAAGACUGACUACGCGGAUGAUACUUUUUUCUUUCUAGAGCAUUCCUGGAAAAUUUUUAGGGUUGGUGAAUGUGAGUGUAGCUCAAAUCCUUGAAGGAAAUCUAGACCCAUCCAAGACGACGACGCCGACGCGUCCCAGUGCAGUCAUUGAAGACAAGGCGGCGCUCUGGAUGCAAGGAUACUCUCUUUCUCUCUCUCGGGGACAAACUAGUGCGUUCGGCUGAGGACGACAAGCAACGAGAAACUAGACCUGUACCUCUCUCGGCAGAUCUACUCGUGUGCCACCGGUGACCUGCGCUUGCAUCGCAGAAGGCAACCCCUCGAACCUCGUGGAAGACAGUGAAAGAAGGCAACUGCGACGCAGUCUCCCACGUAAGCUGAAGCCAACCGGGUGGGCAGGAGAGGCGAACGAUCGUCACCUAAAGCGGGGACAAUAAGCCCGCGGCAAAAAGGCAGGCAUGCGCAGUCGGCCGGAGGCGCGUAACUCGGCCUGAUCGCGCCCAUGCUGUGUCCCGUCCUGGCGGUGUCGUGGGCGCUGCUGGUGGCGGCGGUGCUUCUUCCCCCCGGGUGCCGGGCCAGGGCCGUCAUGGGCGGCGGCGGCGACGACCCGGACCGCGCCCGCGCCAUCGAACUCAUCAAGGGCCGCAUACUGGCCGACCUGGGACUGUCCAGCGCGCCCACGAGCUACGGCCGCGGGGCCUCCAACAAGCUGCACUUGGAUCACAUGAUGCGCGUCUACCGGCGUAGCCUGCACCACCCGCCCGAGGAAGGCGGCGGAGGACGCAGUCGCGGACGCGGCAGGAAAGGCCUCGCCCGCGGAGCCGCCAAGGAGGUCACGCACUACUACAGCUUUAAGAGCGAAGGGAGGGCGCUACAGAUGGCCCGCAAGGGUCGGGCUUCACUGCAGCACAUCCGCUUCCCCAUCCACAUCGCCAGCGGACGGCCGCGUGGUGCCAACGCCACGGCGCGCAGCUACAGCGUCCGGUACGCGCGGCUCAGGCUGCGCAUGAUGAGCCGGAGGCCCACGCUGGUGCGCAUCUACCAGCUGCUGGAACCCGGCUGCCCCUCGUGCGAGCGGCGGCUCAUCAACAUCCGGCGACUGUCCCGCAAGGGCCGCCACCGGAUGGACGUCGCCGAAGCGGUCCAGUCCUGGGUCGACCAGCCCGAGUCGAACCACGGCCUGGACAUCGAGUGCAAGCCGGCGUGCCGGCUGUCGCGCGACUCCGCGCUGGACGUGGAAGUGGCCGAGGUGCUGAACCGGUCGCACCGCAGCUACCGCAACGGGCCGGCGGGCGUGCUUCUGCAGCACCACCGCGCCAUCGACUGCUCGCACGGGCCGGACAACCAGACGGACCUGUGCUGCCGCCACUCGCUCAAGGUGUCGUUCGCCGAGAUCGGCUGGCACUGGGUGGCCGAGCCCAAGGAGUUCGACGCGUACAUGUGCAAGGGUCGCUGCCCCAACGACAACCGCAACUUCAACAGCACGCACGCGCUCGUGCAGAGCCUGAUGAGCGAGCGCGCUGACGUGCCGAGCCCGUGCUGCGCGCCCAAGUCGCUCAAGGGGCUGAGCCUGUUGUACCAGGACGGGCCCGACUCGGACCUCUAUACCGUGGCCACGCAGCAGGGCAUGGUGGUCGAGGAAUGCGCCUGCCUCUGAGCGGGACGGCCCGCCCACCGCCGGGGCGCGAACCAAAGAUUACAAUGUGCGUGAAGCCACGGGCUACUACGCGGCUAUCAGGGCAAGGACGCGGCGGGCCCUGGGAGCGACGGCGAACGUCGAGAUGCUGUGUGUUGCGAACUGGAAGAUACGCUGUGCUUGUUAGGCUUAGCCUCCUUUUUUGCGCAUGUUGCCUGCCGCGUAUUCGCUAUUCCACAUCGACGCCAUGUUAGGCUUAAGGCACAACAGACGUGCGUGCAUAAAUCCUCCGUUACGUUGCACGAUGCGUUGGUGAAAUGCUCUCAGACGACCUAAUUAGUGACAAUGCUAGUUCCGGUGGCAGUUGAUUGUUUAUACGGAUUUACAGUGGCACUCGCAAAUUUACACCAGUGCUACCGCGACUGGCUUGCGGUGGCUCGACAGUCCCCUAACUCUCGAUGUGAUCGCUCCUCAAGGCAGUUCGUGUGCGUCGAACGAAAUUGCUUCGGUCGAUGUGAAACUAUCGCUUUAAGUUAUAAGUAGAGGUAGCGGUUUUAGGGAGGGGGCUAAGUGUACUUAGUAAAGCAUGAACAAACAGCCGUGAAUCGCAAUGGCCGAGAUUCAGAUGAGAAAACCUCUGGAAAGCACUGCAGCAAACGACUGUAUUUUCGGUCUUGGGCAUGAACGACGGAAUAAUUCUUACUUUCUCGAAAGUAAAAAGCUGACAUGGUCACUGUGCUGUAAUCCUCAAGGACAUACCGAAUGAAUAUAGUGGCGCAGGAUUUCGCAGACCAAGGUGUGGCUUCAGCGAUUAGACAGAGCAUUGAAGAAGCAUCCAGCAAGGGUUUCAAUGAGGAUGUCUUCCACAGCGUAACUCGCUUCCACGAUUACUGUUUUAUAGUUAGGCUAAACGGGUCUCAUCUUGGAUUUAGGUGACAGAGGAGGAGGAUAGCAAGGCGAACUCGACUUGUAGGUUCCACUUUUCAAAUAACAAGAGAGGCCACUUUCACUAAGAACAAAAGCGUGGUAAGCCAGAAAGUGAUGCAAUAGUAAAAUAUAGGUGGUGGCACCAAUGUUAAUUCUCCUCAGCAGCUUUCAUAACGUCAAAAUAAGUCGCGGCAAUGAAUCACUGAGGCUAGGCACCUGUUGUUUAUUAAUUGAAUUGCACUACAUUAAAAAGUAAGGUGUAAGAACCUCAAGCCUGCAAUUCUCCACAGCUUCUCUAGAAGAAGGACCGAAAGGGCAAAAGGACAACGAAAUCUGACGUCACGCACUGACUUCGUCGGUGUCGAGGUUUGUGUGCAACAUUAAGUUAGGGAAGGCAAGCUUCGACAAACAUUGGGCCUCUACUGCUACAGGCUGAUACCAUAUGUCCAUGCUUAGCAUAAUGGAGAAGAGGAGACCAGAGUUUGGCGAGAACCAGAUAACCGAAACAAAGCGUUGCAUUCUUCGUCAGUGCACUUUCCUACUGGUGCCAUACGCACCGCUAGUCUCAGGUAAGACUCAAGUCACUUAACACGCUUGUCUUGACGUCAGGGUGCUCAGAAAUACACCGUAACCGAUACCAGCUAAAACGAGCGUCCAGACUUUCGAUAACCACAGAUGCGGUUUUGCUCGCCGGAAACAAGGUAUUCGCGAGCACAGGAAGCACGUGAUCAGCGUAGCCUCACAGGGUGUCGCGUUGAGCCCACGUGGAAAGGACAGUAUGAAGCAUCUCUUGAGAGCUGUCCCAUCGAUUUCUACUAUAUACUGCUGUCACGCGGACACUUUCAAACCAGCUUUAUUUUCAGAAAUAAACAUGUUGUGCGCAGAAAGAACAUCACAAUGAAGACCCAACAACGACGGAGCGUUGUCCGUCUACUUUGUGGUGUACCUUCUGCGCACUAGCCCAAGGCUGGGUCGUCUUGGGGUGUUUGAUUUCAGCACAUCAUAGGCACGCUUGCUUUUCCACGUACGGGGCUUUUACUUCGAUCGUGUUCGAAAAGUCCGAUGCACGUCGACUUUAGCUGGGGUCAAACAUUCCUCCAUUACAAGGGUAUUACUGAAAGGACAGUUGCCGUCGUAUGCACAGCGUAUGUUCGCCGGUCAUCUCAGCCUCACUUCCAGGGUUCGCCUCGCUUUGCCAAAGAACAUCCUUGUUGUCGUCAUUGUCGUUGUCAGUGUGCACAAUCGAAGGACUGUAAGAAGAGAAAUCCGACAACCUUAAAGAAGAGAAAGCAAAUGUCAGCGCACCAGGGUACGGUGUCAUGUUCCUUCCGAGGCGUAUUUCCUCUCAUAGCCUCUUAGUUUCUUUAUUCUCAAUUUUUUUUUUCUAGUUGCGCGCGUCGCGCGGCCGUCCUUCUAGUGUUCAAAAUGACCUGUGAUAAAGCGCCGUCCGUUUGGGACGUCGCGACGGGACGUUCGGACGCGCGCAACGUUUUUAGGCAACGGAUUCGCCUUGGUGAAGUGGGGCCUCCGUUCCUACCAACACUGCGUGUUCGGGCACUGUAUAAUUCCCCCCGACUGCUGUAUUCUUUCCUCGGAGAAAGCGCAACGUCGUCUCGCUGCGUCGGAAACGAAUACGGCGACGGAGGAAGCCGUCAGUCUUCGCGUUCUUCACGGACGUUCACGACCCGACCCUUCUCUCGCGUAUCAACUCGCGCGGGACUCCGUCUCUCCAGCUCAACGCAGUGGGGCCAUAGAAUAAUGGUGGGGCCGCACGGCCGCGGCUCUCGACCAAUCAGGUGAGAGACGACGUGAUGACGUACUCUGCGUCCCCGCGCCAUCUGGUGCCGUCUUCAGCCAUCGUCGCGCUGUGUUUCCACGUCGAAAACCCGACGACGUUUCGAAGAUGUUCCCCCCUCUAAAUUCGCGAGCGGCGCUUGGCCUCGACAGAGCGUAGCGCCACUUUGAGGCAUGUCCCAGUCUGGAACUACAUUCUUGCGCGCUAGCUCAGAUACGGCGUCUUCUCGCGCGUUCCACGUCACUGCACGGAUCUCGCGAGACGGAGUAACGCGCGCAGUGCGGUCGGUUGUUCAUGUUACAGUGUUGUGACGUCACAAGUGAAGUCAGCGAGGUGUCACCACACGAAGAAAGCAGAAACGAAAGUGUAUUGGACAACGGAGCUGCAUUAAGCGCCGUAUUCUUUGUGUGUUAUAUAAAGUAUGCGGAAAAAAAAGUGUCUAUGUUGUUUCCCCGAAGACUGUGUGUAUCAAUAAAAGAAUCUCAAGCAUGUUAA